AUGAACCGCUCCACCCACCAUCCUAUUAUCAAGAGGAAAUGGUCUGCUGAUGAAGAUGAAUUACUUUUAUCAUGUGUCCACAAGUCUGGUCCAUACAUGUGGGACCAAAUUGCUAAACAUAUCCCUGGCAGAUCAGGAAAACAAUGCCGCGAAAGAUGGAUCACUGUUUUAGACCCUUCGAUCAAUCGUGAUGAAUGGUCAGCUGAAGAAGAUGCCAAGCUUCUUAUCUUGCAAUCUCAACAAGGCAAUAAAUGGGCAUCAAUCGCUUCAUCAAUGCCAGGCAGAACAGCUAUUUCGGCAAAGAACAGAUUCAAAUUCCUUAAGAGAAGAAAUGCCAGACGUGAACGUGCUAUCGCAAAAGAAUCUAAUACUUCAACAAGUCAGGAAGAUAGUCCAGCCCCAGAACUCAACUUAGAGAUAUUUGAGUUCCCAGCUCACAUGAGAAUUAGGCUGCUUUAG